CUAUUUUUGAAACAAAACUGAUAAAGAGUUGUAUUAUUCAGUUUUUUAGAUUUAUUUGUGAAAAUUUCCAUAUUUCUUGCGUUACACACCCAAAAUGCUAUUUCUAGCCUAUAAUUAUUACUCCAAGAUGGAUCAUCAUUUUGGCAUUACUAAGAGUGGCGGUAACCAAGAUGGAUCAUCAUUUUGGCCAACGUCCGACCUUACCGAACGCAUAUUUCUUCCAAAGUGAUAUCUGCCCGGCGGAAUCGAUCUCAACUCCCUCUUUCACCCACAUUUUUCAACUCGAUCUCGCUCAUGCCCGUCUCCAAUGCAAAAAACCUAGCGUCGCUGCUCCAUUCCGCCGCUACACUUGCCAAAAUCACUACCUCUUCCGCUUCUGGAUCAACUCUCAACCGCUCCGUUCACUCUUCAAACACUUGGUCUCGCUCUGCCAGCUCCUCGUCCAGCCAGCCCAGUGGUGCCGUUGAUUACCUGUGGGACGGGGAGCGUGAUUACUAUCACGAAGAUCCAGAAUUUCGGCUAUUACAUGACCUAUCUUCCAUAUUGUGUGAUUCAGAUGUGUUACAUCCACCAAAAUCACAAAUGACUAGUGGUUCUUCGACUUCGGAAAAUGUUUUUGAAGCCCCGUGGCUCUCCAACAUUUCAAAUAGUAAUGUAUAUAUGCACAAGAAACAAGUUUCACGAGAAAGGAGGCUCAAGUUUUCAAAGGUUGGCCAAGAUACCCGCAUGGACCGCUUAAUUGCAUUGUGUGCUGAUAAACUUGGUGCAGAUGCUACAGUUGAGGUGUUCACUAAACUUGGUCGCGAAACCGGCCUGAUAGAGUAUAAUACAUUGAUAAGGAGCUGUAUAGAAAAGGCUAGGAUGAUGGACAAUGAAGAAGAGUCAUUAAAGCAACUUUCCAAUGCAUAUAAAUUUCUUAGAUCAAUGAGAGAUCAGGGUUUCCGAUUAUGUGAAGACUCUUAUGGCCAAGUUCUGAUGUAUCUCACGGAAUUUGGUAUGGUUCCAGAGUUUCACUUUUACUGUGAACUCAUAAGAGAUGGAAAUGAUGAUUCAAUUCCAAAUAUAGCUUACUAUGAGAUGCUGCUCUGGAUAAAGACCAAUAAUCAUGAUACUUUAGAAGAAAUCUGCUAUAAUCUUGUACUCUAUGAUGGUGAAGACAAACACACUUUUCUAGAAACAUAUUUGUUAGCAAUGUGUGAUGGUGACUACCUUAAAGAGUUGUUUAUGCAGCUUGUCAAAACUCUUGACAUUACAAAAGUUACUUCUAUGAAAAGCUUGACAAAGAUUUUCAAAGCCUUGGGGAAGUUGAUGUUGCAGAACAUUGCAGAGAAGUUUUUUCUGGAUUUGAAAAGCACUGAUAUUGAAGGAGAGAACAUCCUAAGCCUCAUCUUUGAAUACAGUACAAAUGUCCCUAAUUUAGCGGUUGAAGAUGUUGCUCGUAAUUUCAAAGUAUUGCAUGACGACAUGGAUGUGACACCUACAUCUGCGCAGUAUUCGAGGCUCAUUAAGUUAUCUUGUGAAUCAUGUAAGGUACACAUUGCGCUUGAUUUAGUGGAUCAGAUGCAUAAGCAGGGUUUAACUUUAUCGAUAGAGGCAUUUCAUUCGAUAUUAGAUGCAUGUGAAGAAAGCUGUGAGUACAAUUUGGUUCGCCGGAUGCAUUCAAUAAUAAGUUGCCAUGAUUUAAAGCCAAACUGUGAGACCUUCAGGAAGAUGAUAAUCUUGAGUGUAAAAAUGAAAGAUUUUGCGGGUGCAUAUAACUUAAUCAGUGAUCUGGAGAAAUUUAAGUUGACUCCUACAUCUGGCAUGUAUAAUGCUAUAAUGAUUGGCUAUUUCCAUGAGAAAAACAUUCAUGGUGGUCUUAUGGUUCUCAAACAAAUGGAGGAUGCAGGAGUGAAACCUGACAGUCUCACAUUUUCCUGUCUUAUAAGCCGCUGCAAUUGUGAAGAUGAUAUCAUUAAGUGUUUUAAAGAAAUGCAGUUUUCUGGGCUUCCUGUAACAAGACAUGUUUAUAUGGCACUUAUAAAUGCAUAUGUAUCCUGUGGACAGUUUGAAAAGGCUAAGCAGGUAAUAUUUGACAAAGGGAUACCCAUAAAGAACUUGAAUGAAGUAAAAAGUGUACUCGUUUCAGCUCUUGCAGUGCAUGGACACGUAUCUGAUGCCCUUGAAAUGUACGAAAGGAUUAAACAGGAUAAAUGCAAUCUGGAGCCUAGAGCAGUUUUUUCACUUAUUGAUCAUCUGCAGUCUGACGGGGAAUUGAGUAGACUAAUUCAACUGCUUGAUGGAUUAGAUGACCAAGAUCAAUGGGUUAGAGCUUGUUUCAAGGUUGUAGCAUAUUGUGUUCGGCAUGAAUAUUUAAGAUCUGCGAUUGAGUUGCUCAGGAAACUUAAGGAUGUAUUUAGCAAUGAUGAGAUGACCCUGGAGUUUCUUUUUGAUGAGGUUUUCUUCCGCUUCUUGGAGAAGGAACCAACAACCUUGCAUUUUGGCUGGAGUUUGCUUCAAGCUAUUAAAAAGGACUUUGGUCUUCGUCCGUCUCGAAAAUGCCUUGAUUUCCUCUUACAUGCUUGUGUAAUUGCCAGAGAUCCACUGACAUGUUCCAAGAUUUGGAGGGAGUAUCGAGAAGCUGGUAUUGUUUACAAUUCUCUGAGUUAUCUGAGGAUGUACCAAGCUGUUUUGGCAUUGGGUUCUCGAAAAUCUGCAGCAAAACUAUUGCGUGAAAUCCCAAAAGAAGAUCCACAUAUUCGUGCUGUCAUUCACGCUUGCCAAGCAGCUUAUGGAGAUUCUACUACAGUUGGAGACAAGAAAAAUAAGAAACAUGUGAAAUCAAAACACGAGUAAUUUCUUCUCAAUGAUUAUUCCUAGGGAGGAUCUACUUUAGGAUUAUGGUGGGCUGAAGCACAGGGUAAUUUUUCAUUUUCAAUUUUAGUCCACCCCACUAAUGUUCAAGUGUGGUAUAAUUAUUAAUCUUCAGCCUAGUCCGAUUUGGGUUUCCGGAUCUGCCCCUGAUUAUUCUUACGCCCAUUAGCUUGAAGUGCUAGCUGCUGAUUCAUGUCUCAUGCUGCAGUUUUGGUGAGAGGUUAGGUUUAGUUUACAAAAAAACAUUUUCCCUUCAAGAACCAACCAAGCUGGGUGUAAUAAUUAUCGAGCAGUUCCCAGUUCCCACUUGUUCCCAUAUAUCAAAGAGUUAAGGUUGCAGCCACUAUACAGGAACAUGAGAUUUGAUCUCCAUAGGAAUGGCCUUCAGAUAGAAAUCUUC